UUUCUUUGUUUAGACUGGCAUUAUCAUUGUUGACGAAUGUAAACUAGCCGUGGCAGUGAAUUUUGGGACCAAAGCAACCUCCUUCUCAUGUGCCGCAGCACGGCAGCUUCAAAUUAAAGAUGAAUCUAAAAAUUAAAGCCCCUUGCAUUUGACAGGCCCUCUUCUUCUCGGUGGGCUCGUGCCGCUACCAAUUAAAUUCCCAGUGCCCUACAACAUUUUACUGGCUGCAUCAGAAAUGUUUACAUCGAUCACAAGUUCUUGGACCUCAGUCAGCCAUUGUACAACAACGGAACCAGUGCUAAAUGUAAAGCAAUGGGCAACACGUGCGCCUAUAAACAACCUUGCGGGCGAGGCACGUGUUUUAACUUACUUGGUACUCGCCGGUGUGACUGUUCCACUGGAUUUGAUGGAAGUCGCGGUGAAACAGGUGUGAAAUACACUAGGAGAUUCUCAAGACGGAGUUUUAAGAGGGUGCCUGCCAACUCAAAGGUCAAUCUUCUGUGGAGUGUUUCAAUGAGAUUCCGCACAGCUAAGCCUUCAGGAACUCUGUUUGAAAUCUCUUUUUCGUCAUCAUCUUCGGUGCCGGAGUUGGUUGAUGGUAAACUGUCGUACAACUACAAAGAGUUGUUGGUUCUCCAAUUGCCUCACAUAGCGGUGAAUGAUACCCAGUGGCAUCACAAGUCAGACAUGAAUUAUCAAAAGAUGUAUUUGAAAUGUCGUCAGAAGAAUUGUAAUCUAUUCCAUUGGUGGCGUUACAAACCCUCCAGGAAAACACAGCAAAUUCUGUGUGCUGACAUGGAAUGACAUUUUUUGUCGUAGAUAGACGACGUCAUCUUACACUGCCCUUAUUUUAAAUUGUAGAAGAAGAAGGAGUAGAUGCAUAGGUUGAAAAAUUUUCGGACGGUAAAUGGCGAAGUUACGCCUAAGAACUUAUGGGUUUUAAACCUCAUGAACUCGAUGCCUUAGAACAAGGAGAUCCUAGAGAUUUUCUAACAUUUAUAUCAAUUUUAAGUAAAAUGGUAUAAUUCGCGUUUUUCAGAGCGUAGAUUUAAGGAAGGCAUAUCCACAGAUGAAGAACUGUUCUUAUUAGCUCAGGAAUUAGCCAAAGAAGAUCCUAAAAAAGUGGAAGAAUUUUUCACGAUUUUAUUUCAAAAAUGAAUUUUGUAAAUUUUUUGAUUUUUUAAUAGGUGAGCUUUCUGAAGAAGAGCAUGCACAUAUUGCGCAGAGGAUUGGAUUAUCGUUGUUUAGGAGGUUAGCUCCACGACUAGGCCUAACUAGUAGUGAACUGGAAUGUUUAGAAAACGAGGUCAUGUGUCUGGAGUGUUAUAAUGCAGAUAAAUAAAAUGUGUGUAAAUUGAAA